AUGGUCAAAACUAACUGCCCGAGAGCUACAAAAGUACGUGGGAAAACUCCGAAGGAUCAAUUGGGACACAUCCUCACACAGAUGGCCAGUGAAGAAGACACCCACCAACAAGUUCGAAUUACGAACAAGGAUAAACCAUUGUCCCUGCUAUCCAAAGGUCAAUUUAAGGUAGCACUCUGGAAUGCAAUCCAAGUCGCAUCCCGAAAACAGAGAAAGCCAUGACACCAAUUACACACGGAAAAAAAAUAAAAUUAAUAUAUAUAAAUGGACGAUAAAGUAACAAACCAAAGUCCGUUACAUAGGCCAUAAGCCGAACAUAUUUGUGUAUAUACCGCAUACUUCGCAUUUCACGCUGGUAUCGAGCUCAAUGGGUUAAAACCAUCGCAGCAGAAUACGGCGCUACCAAAAAAAUACAACAACGAUCGUUGCUGUCACUGUAGAACCCCCACGAGCAACACCAGUACCACCGCCGACGCAACCGUCGCCGCCCCAGCACUUAAAUACCGCUGCCGCGAGCAACGGAAACACACUCCGUUUCCUGACAGCAGCCAGACAACACGCACCAGCCGACAAUAUCUGCUUCCGACUUUAG